AAGCUAGCUAUAAUUUUGCAAUGGAAUUGCAAAGCAUUCUUCACUUUCUUGAAAACAAAAGCAUUCUUGUCACUGGUGCCACUGGCGUUCUUGCAAAAGUGUUCAUAGAGAAGAUAUUGAGAGUUCAACCAAAUGUGAAAAAACUGUAUCUUCUUAUAAGGGCUGCAGAUUCUGCAUCAGCUUUGCAUCGUUUCAACACUGAGGUGAUAGGGAAGGAGUUGUUCAAGGUAGUAAGGGAGAAAUAUGGGGGAAAAUUAAACUCCCUUAUACAAGAAAAGGUGAUUGUACUAUUUGGCGAUAUCACAUGUGAUUCCUUUGGUUUAGACAGCAACACCUUGGAAAAUUUGUUUGGACAAGUGAAUGUUGUCAUCAAUUUAGCUGCAACUACCAAUUUUGAUGAAAGAUAUGAUACUGCGCUGAGAAUCAAUACUAUCGGAGCUGCGAACGUUUUAAAAUUUGCGGCUAAAUGCACCCAAUUGGUUGUCUUCCUCCACGUGUCUACCGCAUAUGUAUGUGGAGAGAGGGAGGGACUGAUUUUGGAGACACAGUUGAAGUUGGGCGACAGUCUUAAUGGAAUGCAUGGACUCAAUAUUGAGACAGAGAAGGAAAUUAUUCACAAUAAAUUACAACAAUUAUACAAUGAUGGAGCUUCUGAAAAGCAAAUUACAAUGGAGAUGAAGGAUUUAGGCAUUGAAAGAGCAAGAAAGUAUGGAUGGCCAAAUACAUACUCAUUCACAAAGGCAAUGGGAGAAAUGUUGUUGGGACAUUUGAAAAUUAACAUCCCUAUUGUAAUAAUUCGUCCUUCUAUUAUCACUAGUACUUUGAGAGAACCCUUUUCUGGCUGGCUUGAAGGGGUCAGACACAUUGAUAGCUUUGUGGUGGGAUAUGGAAAGGGCAAAAUGAGUUGCUUUCCUGGCGAUCCUCAAACUAUAACCGACUUGAUUCCAUCAGAUAUGGUAGUGAAUGCUAUGAUAGCAUCAAUGGCGGCGCCCGCGGGCGAAGCAGCGCUGACUAUCUACCAUGUCGGGUCUUCGAUGUCGAAUCCAGUGACGUAUCAACGUCUUCAAGAUUAUGGCCUGCUUUUCUUCACAACGCAGCCGUGGAAAGCCAAGGAUGGCAAGCCUAUUGUUGUCGGAAGGGCCACGCAGUUGCCCACUAGGGUUGCGGUCCGAACAUACAUGGAACUCCAUUACUUGCUUCCCCUUAAGAUUCUUAGCCUUGUAAACACAGCGAGCUGCAACUAUUUUCAAAGGGCCUAUCUAGAUCUUUCUAGAAAGGUUAUGUUUUUGAUGCGUUUGGUCGAACUCUUUAGCCCCUAUCUCUUCUUCAAGGGAGUAUUUGAUGACAUGAACACUGAAAAAUUGAGGAGGGUAGUAAAGGAGAGGUGUGGAAUUGAUGAGGAUGAGAUGUUCUACUUUGAUCCAAAAAUCAUCAAUUGGGAUGAUUAUUUUGUCAACACACACAUUGCUGGUGUUGUCAAAUAUGCUUUCAAACGUUGAUUGCUACAAAUAAGUUUGAAUAUUUCAAUACUAUUUGAUAGUUGUUUGAGUUGUAUUUAUUGGACUAUUAUAUAUACAUAAGCUUUUGUGAAUUAA